AUGGCCCCAUCCGCGAGCACAGAGACGGUGUCCAGCACUCUGUCGCUGAAAGGCGAGAAGAAGCAUGCGGAAAAUGAUGAGAAGGCGGUCGUAGCGGGAAAGGAGAUGACGCCGCUAGAGGCUAUCUCCCAUGGCAUGGUGAUGCCAGGCAUCCCGACCUUCCCCUCGUACGCCGCCGGGCGGCGCCACAUCCUCGUGCACAUGGCGGCGACGUUCCGGUUCUUCGCGCGCAGCGGCUUCACCGAGGGCCAGUCGGGCCACAUUUCGGUGCGCGACCCGGAGCACCCGGGCCUGAUGUGGAUGAACCCGCUCGGCCGGCAUUUCGGCAUGCUGCGCGCGGGCGACAUGGUCUGCCUCGACAUCGCGACGGGGCGCGUCGCUGGCGGCAACACGUCCCGCCCGGCCAACGCGGCGGGCUACCUGAUCCACUCGGCGGUGCACAAGCGGCGGCCGCACGAUGUACACGCCGUAUGCCACGCGCACUCCAACGCCGGCCGGGCGUGGAGCGUCUUCGCGCGUCCGCUUGAGAUGCUGAACCAAGACGUGUGCAACUUCCACAACGCGCAUGCCGUGUACGCGCGCUAUGGCGGCAUCGUAUUCGGUUCUGAGGAGGGCGAGCACAUCGCCGAGGCCCUGGGUGAGGGCAACAAGGGCGUGAUUCUUAUGAACCACGGCUUGCUGACCGUCGGCUCGACAGUAGAUGAGGCGGGCUUCAUGUUCGGGCUGAUGGACCGCGCCUGCGAGAUGCAGCUGGCAGUGGAGGCGGCGGCGGCCAACGGGCUCCCCAAACAGAUCAUCAGCGACGAGGAGGCUGCGUACAACUUCAAGAUGGCCAGCGAGACGCACGCGCUGUACCGCGAGGCGCAGCCCGACCUCGAAUACGAGUUCGAGAUGGCUGGGGGCGAGGACGCGCUCGCCAGGGGGUUUGAGAGUCUGCAGCGGCUCGCGCCGUAA